AUGUCCAUUACAAGUGACGAGUUGAACUACCUCAUCUGGAGGUAUCUCCAAGAGGGUGGACUAGAAGUGUCUGCUUUUGCGCUUGAAGAUGAGACCAAAGUGAACAGUUUGGAGCAAAAGUUUGGCAAGAGGAUACCGCUUGGGUGUCUUGUUGAUUUGGUACAAAAGGGGAUACUUUACUCGAAAGUGAACGAUAUGGUGAACGACGAGAACGGACAGUUGAACGACAUCGAGACAUACGUAAACAGCUUCAACUUGUUUGAGGCUUUGGACGAGGAGAAGAAGACAAACCCACAGCUAAUGUCCAGUGGUGCGGUGGCAGCUAUAGCAGCCGCCGAGAACGGCCAUCCGUCGCCGGUUUCGGAGAAGGACGAAGAGACAUUCAUCACCGUGCUGAAGGAGCUCUUCAAGUUUCCGGCCUCUGUGGCAUGUGACUGGAAUCCAGUGGCUCCCACGGUUCUUGCAUGGGGUCAGCUGGACUCUACGGCGAAAAUUUGCGCUCUGGGUGCCGAUGGAAGCGGGAACGAGCUCAUAGAUUUAGUCCACCCUUCUGUGGACAAGGAGAUCACCAGUGUGAUGUGGAACCCAACGGGGAGUUCCUUGGUCACGUGUAUGGAGAAUGGAGAAAUGAGAGUGUGGUCGGCUGACGGCAAGCUGCGAAACAUUUUGAACUUGCACACAUCGCCGAUUCUGACGGUGCGGUGGAAUAAGAACGGCUCUUUCGUGCUCAGUUCAGACGUGGAUAACAAGACGAUAGUCUGGGAUGUGGAAUCGGGUAGGCCUCUUCAGUUUCUGGAAAACUCGGCCACUUUCAACGAUAUGUCUCCUGCUCCUGCGACGAUUUCGUCUUCCCCAGUUGCGGCUCCAAUAUCUGCAAUCAGCAUGGCCCCUUCUGCCUCCACAGAGUCGCAGCAGAAGCCGCUUUGUUUGGGGAUUGACGCAUUUUGGUUGGACAACACGAAGUUCGUGAUACCGGGCAAAUCCGGCUCCAUUGUCAUAUACACACUCGGAGAAAAGAUCCCAAUAGGCAUGCUGGAGGGUCACACGGAUAUCGUAUCUUGCAUCUCCUACGACCGCGACCUACAUCUACUUGCUUCUGGAUCUGACGACAAUACCAUAAGGAUAUGGAAGGGAAACUCAUACAACAGCUCGCAGAUCCUAAUAGGACAUUCUCAGCCCAUCAGCAGCGUGGCUUGGCUUCAGUGCGGUGAUCUUCCUCCAAUGGUUGUUUCCACCAGUCUUGAUGGUUCCAUCAAGAUAUGGAACGUGAUCACCGGGGAAGUGCUGCUAUCGUCGAUAUCGGAAAAUGGGCUCCCAAUUCUGGAAGGCCAGCUCUCUCCAGACUCUUCGAUGUUCGUGCUCGCAGAUACAGAGGGAAACGUUCAGCUCUUUGACAUAUCACCCUCGCGUUUUAUCCACCUUAUUAAAACCGGUCAGAAGAUCAUCAAGCCCAAAGCUGCCUACCAGGUUUUCACAGACGAAAAAAUAUACAUCAGCCAGUUAAGUUGGAAUUGCGAUUCCACCAAAAUCAGCGUUUGCGUUGCGGGAUCCGCCAGUUCGGUCAUCUCCGUAUGA